AUGUCUCCGUUGACGGCACUGUUGGUGGUGAUUGUUACGUUAAACCAAGUCUGUUGCAAUCAGCUGCGACUUCACACCGAUCAGGAGGAGCAGGAGUUGUACAAGAUUAGUGCCUGCGUUGCGAAAUGCUUGGCACGAGGAGUGGAGCUAAAGGAGAAGUGCUACGAGCGGUGUUCGGAACCCGGAGUGCUGGAUGGAGUUACGUUUGAACAUCCGGAUAAGGAGUUCCAGAUUGAGUUGGUUUGUCGCGAUAGUACAACGUUGAUGGUUGACGUUCGGCAGCAGUUCGACGGUAAUGCUACGAAUGUCGUAUACAUUUACGUGAUCAAAGUGAAAGAAGUGGACGCCUUGUUGAACAGUGGGUUGAUCGUUUACGUCAGCAACAGUUCGGUAGUUCGAAUCGAGAACCUGUUCCCGAAUAAACCGUUCAUCGUGUCUGCGACCAUUCUCAGUUCAAGUGGUGAACUCAUGACCGCACAAGAACAUACACUUGAAACGCUUCCACUCGACUACCAACCGGGAGAGAUCACCGAAAUUAGUGUUGUAAGCUACAGUGCAAACUCCGACAAUCCUUCUUUGCUGGACGCAAUCAUAGCAUGGGAACCGUCCAGCGAUCGUAGCUGUCAUUAUGAGGUUCUAUGCUACGCCAAUGAGUCCCCAGACUACCAGUUGCAGCAGGUUUACGUGGAUCAAACCUCCAGUCUGUACCGUCACACGAUCGAGUCGUUGCAGCUGAACGAAGAGUAUGAGAUCGCGAUACGUGCAACGAAUCCCCGUCAUCCAACGUUCCAAAGCGAGCUCCACUGGACAUCGUUCAGCACUCCCAGCUGUCUCGAUUGGUACAACAGUGGAGACUUUUGCGACCCAGAAGCUGUUCAGAACAUCCAGGUGGUAGCCAGCCGUUUAUCUGAAGCGCAGUUCAGCAUUAGUUGGGAUCAGCCGCAUUUCCUCCCGGAUUUCUACAUGGUGAAGCUGUUCGAUUUGGAUCUAGGUGCCAACGACGAAACGGCCAACUCGGUCGAGCAAAAUGUCAGUGGCACGCAGAGUCACCUUCUCAUUGAGUCGUUUGAAUUGAGUGGACCACAGUAUGAGGUGAUGAUUACGGCUCACGCAAAUAAUCGAUCGUCACCAGCGCAGAGUAUCAUCCGGGCGUUGAACGCUGGUCCUGUUGCGGCAUUUGCCGAUUGGAGCGGUCACUGGAUACUGGCGAUUGUGAUUAGUGCGAUCUUUUCACUUUGUUCGGUUAGUCUUGUGAUUUGUCGAAAGAUGCGUAACAAGGGAACUUUUCACGAUCAGGACUCGGAAUACGGUAUCAAGCUGGAGCCGGUCAAGCAGCAGCAAGAGGCAGUCACCUCACUGCCAGCGUUCGACGACGCAAUGGAGAUCGAGUUCGAGCGGGUUCAACUUUUGGAAGUCCUUGGCGAAGGAGCAUUCGGAUUGGUCCGCAAGGGAACUCUCAACGGAACCGAUGUCGCAGUCAAGAUGCUCAAGGAGCACCCAAGCGUGCAGAACAUCCAGGAGUUCCAGCAGGAGAUCGAUGUUAUGAAAUCCGUUGGAUCUCACCCAAAUGUGGUUGGCAUUGUGGGUCACUUCACAGCACGUCCCAACGAAAUGAUGCUCCUUACGGAGUACUGUAGCGAAGGAAAUCUGCUCAACUAUUUGCGCAACGAGUGGCAAAAAAUCAUGAAGCAGAAGGAGAUUAAUGCCCUCCCGGAAUAUCUGGACUGCAAAACUCCGGGAUUGGCCGAAAUCAAACGACCGGAAAGCGUGUUCAACUUUGAUACUUCCUUCGUCAACGAAAAGCGAUCCCAAGAGUACAAAAACAUCUGUCCGGAACCGAUUGAAAACAAGCUGUACUCCCUGAUAAACGAAGACGUCAACAACAACUCCACCAACCAGAACGCCGUGGACAACCAGUGCUACCAGCAAUUAACCCCGCCUAUCUCCAGCUCAGAACUGCUUGAUUUCGCCAGCCAGAUUGCAACCGGAAUGGACUUUCUCGCUCGCAACAAGGUCGUGCAUCGGGAUUUGGCCGCACGGAACGUGCUCAUCGGUGCCGGGCGGGUCGUCAAAAUUUCCGACUUUGGUCUCAGUCGGGACGUGUACCAGGACAACCAAUACCGCAAACGAGGUGCCGGCAAGCUGCCGAUCAAGUGGCUUGCGCUGGAAUCGCUGACACACCAAAUGUACACGACGCAGAGUGACGUGUGGUCUUUCGGGAUUCUGCUGUACGAGAUCUGCACCCUCGGAGGGAAUCCGUACCCGCAUCUGGCGGCGAGUAGUUUGAUUGCGGAACUUCGUCGGGGCUACCGGAUGGAGAAACCUGCUGGGUGUGGGGAUGAACUGUACGAGCUGAUGCGAUCCUGCUGGAGUGCAAUGCCCGUUGAGAGGCCAAACUUUGGAGCGAUUCGAGCGCGGCUGGAGAAGCUGUUGGCGAGCAGUUGCAUGCGGGAACAAAUCGAUUUGGACGCGAUCGGGGAAGACAUGGUGCAGAAUGUGGCGAGCUGUGAGCAGGGUUACUUGAAUCCGAUGGGAUAA